CAGUCAUCCUCGUCAGCGAGACGAAGGUGAGCGAGCGAAAUUCGCUGCGAAUGCCUGCUGCAUCGCCCAUCUGCCGCCACAUGUGAGAAGAUGUGGACGAGCUUCACUUCCUGUCUGCAGGUGCACUGAGGCACUACAGUGUACCCAAGCAAGUUCAGGUAGAUCAUUUCAUUGCGUUACCUCACUUCAGUUUGUCGAUCCACCUUGUCGAAGGACUUUGAUGCCCGGCGGAUCGUGGUCACCCUGCAAUACGUUUGUCUGGUGGACCAUUUUCAGAGACAAGGCGAGCGGAUCCUGUUGAACGCUUCUCUUGCUACGCUGUCAUUCCUCUGUUGCAGCGGAUCAGAUAAGCGGCUUUCUCUCGUCUUAUCAUGGAUACAGCCUGAAUCGCACAGGUUACGUUACUGUUCAGCUUUCGGUGCUUUUCGACAACUCUUUACAGUCGAGCUGAUUGUGUCGACGAAAGCCGAAGUGCGUGGCAGAUCUUGCCGUUCGAAUGCUACGCGCCACGGCAAAACCUACACAGUACAACAGCUUCAAAUAAACCUGCAAGCGAGCCGCCAGCCCAACUCCAGCUAGUCAAGCCUAGUUUGCCUCCAACUGCCAUUGUGCAAUUUGCUCUCAUCCACACCCACCCCACUUCUCCCCCACCUCAUCCGAAAUGAACUUCCGCGCUCUGUUCGCCGCCACCGUCGCCGCCCUCGUCGGCUCCACCUCCGCCACCACGUGCACCACCACGCAGCAAACUGCGGCGUACGUGGCGCUCGUAAGCAUCCUCUCGGACACGUCGUUCAACCAGUGCUCGACGGACUCUGGCUACUCAAUGCUGACGGCCACCUCGUUGCCCACGACGGAGCAGUACAAGCUCAUGUGCGCGUCGACGGCGUGCAAGACGAUGAUCAACAAGAUCGUGACGCUGAACCCGCCCGACUGCGAGUUGACGGUGCCUACGAGCGGCCUGGUACUCAACGUGUUCACGUACGCGAACGGGUUCUCGUCUACGUGCGCGUCACUGUAAGCGGGUUUAAUCUCUGCGUCCAGAAUCAAUUGGCCGGAGCACCUAUCAACUUGUCUUCGUGCCAAGUACGCAGCUUUGAUGAUUAUUUUUCAGUUGCGAAUGUAAAUGCCGAAAGCUGUCGUAGUAUAAACCUGUGAAUGAAGGUUUUUGUAUUCAA